AUGCUUCGUGAGAUAUUGUAUGGUGCAGCAGGGUUCGUCCUGUUUGCAUACACGCUAGAAUGGCUCUUCUCCAUGUUUGAUGACCCGAGAGAGCCGGAGCGUCUUCAGUCGAAAAUACCACUUUUUGGUCAUCUAAUUGGUAUGAUGAAGUACAGUUCUGGCUAUCACGGGAUAACUAGCAAGCAAACAGACCAAGAAAUCUAUACAGUUGCCAUCUUCAACACCAAACUCUACGUCGCCAAAACGGCCCGCCUCAUCCCUCUGAUCCAAAGGUCUAAAACACUUUCUUUCCGUCCCUUUAUGCAAACUGCUGCCAAGCAUAUGGGCGAUGCCAACCCUGCCACUUUCGAAGUCUUUGGGAGUGAGUGGGUUGACUCGUUCAGUCAUGCCCAUAAACAUAGUCUUGCGCCGGGACCGAGUCUUGAUGAGCAGAAUUUAAGAAUGGGAGACCGUGCGUUGAUCGAUAUUGAAGAAUUACUGCCUAGAGAAAAGAACGGCGUGAGCAAGGUGUCAUUGCUAGAGUGGGUUAGGUACGCGGUCGUGCAAGCGAGUGCCUGUGGUGUUCUAGGCGUGGAGAAUCCUUUCCGCGAUCCUAAGAUCGAUGCAGCGUUUUGGAAAUGGCAAGAUUAUAUGCCUCUCCAUCUCAUCAACCUCGACAUCACCAAAAAAGGCUACGCAGCUCGCGAGAUCGUCUUUGAUGCUUUCCGCAAAUACAACAUGAAUAUCCCCACCGACGUGUCAGCAGUCUACAUGGCUCGUCAGCGCACUAUGCAAGAAGCAGGCAUCGACGAGGAUGACAUUUGCAAGCAGCAAGCUACCUUUGGAACAGCAGCUUUUGUCAACACAGUUCCCAUUAUGUACUGGACCAUCUACGAGUUGUUCUCUAGGCCUGAACUUCUUGAAGAGGUGCGACGCGAAGUUAUCGAACAUACUGUCAGCGGAAACAAAGAGACUGGGUUCGUGGUAGACGUUGCAGCGCUGAAAACACAAUGUCCUUUGCUUUUGUCUAUUUAUCAAGAGACACAACGCACAAGACAUGUUCAUGCAAACAUUCGAAAGGUGACGGAAGAUACACUCCUGGACGACAAGUAUCUGCUCAAAGCUGGCCAAUUCGUCAUGAUGCCUGGCCAGCCCGUGCACACAAACCAGACUACGUGGGGAGAGUCGGCUGAUGUCUUUGACCCGUAUCGUUUUAUGCCCAAGGAUGGAUCUGAUAAGAAAGCGAUCGCGUCGAGUAGCUUCGUGGCUUGGGGCGCGCCACCACAUUUAUGUCCCGCGCGACAGUUUGCCUCGACUGAAAUUAUGAUCGUUGUGGCUCUACUUUGUGUUAGAUGUGACAUGAACCCUGCUUCAGGUCAAUGGGUAAGGAGCCCGGCGCUGAACACAGGUGACAUGGCCACUAUUUAUACACCCAAGAAGGAUGUUGAGCUUGAGGUUAGAAAGAGAGAGGAGUGGGAUGGUGAAUGGAGUUUGAUAAUGGGAGAGAGCAAGACGAGAGUUUCUCUUGCAUCUGGGUAG